AUGGAUAGCGACGACGAGAUGGUGGAGGAGGCAGUGGAAGGGCACCUGGAUGACGAUGGAUUGCCGCACGGGUUCUGCACAGUCACCUACUCCUCCACAGACAGAUUUGAGGGGAACUUCGUCCACGGAGAAAAGAACGGACGCGGGAAAUUUUUCUUCUUUGACGGCAGCACCCUGGAGGGGUAUUACGUGGACGAUGCCCUGCAGGGCCAGGGCGUUUACACCUACGAGGACGGGGGAGUUCUCCAGGGCACCUAUGUGGACGGAGAGCUCAAUGGUCUGGCCCAGGAGUACGACACAGACGGGAGGCUGAUCUUCAAGGGACAGUAUAAGGAUAACAUUCGGCAUGGCGUGUGCUGGAUAUAUUACCCAGAUGGAGGCAGCCUGGUAGGGGAGGUAAACGAAGACGGGGAGAUGACUGGAGAGAAGAUAGCCUAUGUGUACCCGGACGAGAGGACCGCACUGUACGGGAAGUUCGUUGAUGGGGAGAUGCUGGAAGGAAAACUGGCUACCCUGGUGUCUACUGAGGACGGCAGGCCGCACUUUGACCUGAUGCCUGGAAGUUCUGUGUACCACUUCGACAAGUCAACUUCAUCUUGCAUUUCUACUAAUGCUCUUCUUCCAGACCCGUAUGAAUCAGAGAGGGUUUAUGUUGCCGAAUCUCUCAUUUCCAGCGCUGGGGAAGGACUGUUUUCAAAGGUCGCAGUGGGACCGAAUACUGUUAUGUCUUUUUAUAAUGGAGUCCGCAUUACACACCAGGAGGUUGACAGCAGGGACUGGGCCCUCAAUGGGAACACCCUCUCCCUCGAUGAAGAGACCGUCAUCGACGUGCCUGAGCCCUACAACCACAUGUCCAAGUACUGUGCCUCCUUGGGACACAAGGCAAACCACUCCUUCACGCCAAACUGCAUCUACGACAUGUCCCUGCCCCUCCCAGAGGUCCUGCACUUGGACCGUCCAGGCAGCGCACAGGAAGCCUGCUGUUUCUGCUCGCCAGUGCAGUGCGGCGAGGCUCAGAAAGAGACUCCUGAGCAAUUAA